AUGCUGGAUCACCUUCCUGCAUUUGGAGAGUUGAAAGCAAAGCUAGUUUCCGCGGCUAUUAUUAUUUCACCAGAUUGGGGGCAACUGUUUGAUGUGAUGUGUAAUGCAAGUCAAGUGGCGCUUGGUGUGGUAUUGACACAGAGGCGAGAGAAGAUUCUUUAUCUGAUUUACUAUGCCAGUAAAACGCUGAAUGUGGCUCAAAAGAACUAUACGGUGACUGAACAGGAACUCUUUGCUGUUGUUUUUGCAUUCGAAAAUUUUGAUCCUAAUUGCUUGAUACUAAGACAGAAAGGGGACAAAAGUCAAGUUGCCGAUCAUUUGUCCAGAUUAGAGGAGGAAGCUAUUCUCAAGCUAGGAAAUAGGGCUAAAAUUAAUUAUGUCCCAGACAAAUGGGUUUUGGCUGCUUCUUAUGAUCUUGAUCCUUGGUUUGCAAUUUUUGCUAACUACUUGGCAAUUGAUCUGGUUCCAUCGGAUUUGUCAUUUCACCAAAGAAAAAUAAUUAUGCAUGAUGUGAAGAUGUUCUUUUGGGAUGAUCCUUACUUGUUCCGUAUUUGUGCGAAUGGGAUUAUUUGUCGCUAUGUGCCCGAGGUCGAGAUGAUGAGUAUACUAGAGGCAUGCCAUUUAUCGCCUAUUGAUGGGCAUCAUAGUGGUAUUCAGACUGCACAUAAAAUCUUGCAGUGUGGGUAUUAUUGGCCUACCAUCCAUCAAGAUGCUCAUGACUUCACCAAGUCUUGUGAUCAUUGCCAAAGGGAAGGAGUGAAUUCAAAGAGGCAAGAGCUACCUAAGAAUUCAAUAUUGGUGAUUGAGUUUUUUCAUGUUUGGGGCCUUGACUUCAUGGGUCCAUUUGUGGGCUCCCAUGGGAUGAAGUAUAGUCUUGUUGUGGUUGACUAUGUAUCGAAAUGGGUGGAAGCAAUGAGGGAAGAGUGUCACCGCAUUCCUAAAAAAGAACUGCGAUUGUUUCCUGGCAAGAUAAAGUCAAAGUGGACUGGGCCAUUCCGAGUCACUCAAAUAUUUCCACAUGGAGCAGUCGAGCUCGAGAACAUGGAGGGAAUAAGAUUCAAAGUGAACGGGCAAACAAUCAAGGUCUACAUGGGGAAAUCGGACAGUGUUCGAGAAAAGCAAUCCCUAACCUACGCCGUAAAGGGUAAAUCAAAAUCAGUUACUCCGUCUUUCAGGCUGAUUGAUGAGGAUACGGAUAGGGAGUACGUUCCACCUCCCACCAGGACCUCCCCCACUGCUCCACAUACUACACAAAACCAAGCCCGGCAGGUGAGCUCCGACGUGGUCACUACCCUAAGUCUAAUGAGGGGGCCACACUUAUCGGAUCACCGGCUGGCUCAGAGUCCCCAUCUAGCUCCAGCAUCGGCUCCAGCCCCAAAGGCAACACCACCUCUUCAUAUGACUCUGAUAUUACAGAGGAUACCAUAG